CUUCAUAAGCCUUUCCAAUGGCUUCAAGUCAAAUUUUUACCAAGAUGUUGACGUACGGUGUAUUUAUUUGCGACAGAAACGAAGAAGUUCCAUUGAAAAGUCAAUGCAUUCGAUCAUUUUUAAAAGGCCAAGUUGUUGGAUUUCGAUCAACAUUGACGUAUGUGAAUCAUACAGAAAAUCCUCUCGAAGUGUUUUUUCGUACGCCUGUAGACGAUUCCUUUGCUGUAGUAGGUUUGGAGGCUUGCAUUGAUGGCAAAAAAAUCCGUGCAGAAAUACAAGAAAAGGAGAAAGCUCGAGAGAAGUACAAAGAAGCAGUAUCGAGUGGACAAACAGCCGCUUUGGGGGAGGAGAAACAAGGAGAUAUAUUUAGUUUGGUUUUAGGAAAUCUUCCCCCGAAGGAAAUGGCUGUUUUGGAAUUAACUAUGGUUGGUGAACUGAAUGUUGAAGCUGGUGGUGCUGUGAGAUUUGUUUUACCUAAAGUGCUCAAACCUCGUUACACACCGACAGGAAGCAAUAACCCUCUGGCACCCGAAGUAUCUUCCGAUAGUGGGGCAACUGCAAAACAAGGGACUGGACCCGAUCCUUACCAGUUCAGCCUUGAAAUAGAUGAUGCACCAAACAUCGAUAUGGUGACAUCACCAUCACACAAGAUUUUUGCUGACAAUGAUGGCGAAAAGAUCAAAGUGAUUUUAACGGAAGUAAAACAAACUGAUAUUGUCAUUUUAGUGCAACCUAAAGAGAUAAACAAGCCAUUAAUUAUUGUUGAACCAGGUUUAUCAAAUGGUGAAAACAAUUUUCAAAAAUCUUCAGCAAUCAUGGUGAGCUUCAUCCCUGAAUUCAAGGGUGAAAAUAAUUGUCUUCAAGCAGCUUGUGAAUUUGUGUUUGUAAUUGAUCAAAGUGGUAGUAUGGCUGGAUCCUACAUCGAAGAUGCAGCUGAAACACUUCUACUCUUUCUUAAAAGUAUUCCUGAAGGAUGUUAUUUCAAUAUAAUAGGUUUUGGCGACACAUAUGUUCACCUAUUUCCAGAAAGUGUUCCAUACAAUCAAAAAAAUUUGGAAAGAGCUGUAGAUCAUGCAAAGAGACUUCAAGCUUGUUUGGGUGGUACAGAGCUAUUUUAUCCACUUAAAGAAAUAUUUAGUCAUGCACCAAAGAAAGGUUUGCCAAGGAAGGUGUUUGUGCUAACUGAUGGAAGUAUAAGUAAUACUGACUCUGUCAUUCAACUUGUUAAGAAAAACUCCAACAACUCCAGAUGUUUUUCUUUUGGUAUCGGCUCUGGUGCAUCAACAACUUUAGUGAAAGGCAUUGCACAAGCUGGCAAAGGUGCUGCUGAGUUCAUUGUAUCUGGAGAGAGGAUGCAACCUAAGGUGAUAAGAUCACUGAAGAAAGCCAUGCAACCAGCUGUGACAGAUGUUCAAAUUUCUGUCUCUGCUUCCAACAAUAUAACAGUAAAUGUAGUUCCAAAAGAAAGGCUUCCACCUAUUUUUAUUGGUGAAUGUCUCAUUGUAUAUGCAAUUCUUCAUGACAAGUCAACAUCCUCAUCACCUCAAGAAGGAAAAAUACUCCUUACUGGUGAUUUACUUGGAGCUAAAGUAGAGCAUAAGAUGAAGUUUCCAAUCAAACCAGCAGUGAAAAAAGAGACUGCUUCCCAAGUGUCAACUAUUCACCACCUUGCAGCCAAGAAGUUGAUAACAGAAUUGGAGUUGGAUGGUGGAAAAAAGGCAGAGAUAAUCCAGCUAAGUUGUGACUCCAAUGUUAUAUCAUCACAAACUGCAUUUAUUGCCAUUGAACAAGAUAGAAAACAAGCAGUUAAAGGAAGUUUGCACAGUUGGGAUUUAAUUCCUCGAAAGGAGGAACAGUUCAUAAUGAGGCGUCCGAUGACUUCUUACAGUGGACAUCAAAAAAGUUUAGCAUGUUCAUAUGACAUACGGCGUGAGUCUACUAGGUGUCGAAGUUCAUCUCCAGAACCAGCUAGUCGUUGCAGAAGUGUUGAACGUUCAAGUGACAUACACCUUGAGUCUUAUAGAUCAGCUCCUAUGUCUUUUAGAUCAGCUCCUAAGUGUCAAAGUUUAUCUCCAGGACGAACAAGCACUAAAAGGUGUAAAAGUGUAAAUGCAGGCCAAAGUUUAGAAGAGGCCAAUAAUUUUUUUGGAGGUUUUGAUGAUGAUGGUUUAGAAUAUAAAAGUUUAGGGAAUGUCAAACAUAACAGAGAUUCAAGUAAUCCACUUUCACAGAUAAUCAAUCUUCAGCUAGCAAAUGGUGCCUGGGAAUUGACUUCAGCAAUAUCAAAUAUGGUUGUUAAAUCAAUAACAGAUCUAAAAGAUGCCUGUCCAGUGUCAUGCAAUGGAAAUAUGAUGACAAUAUGGGCAACAUGUAUUGUUUUGGCAUAUCUGGACCUUCAAUUAUCCACUGUUAAAGAUGAAUGGGAGUUGGUUGGUAUGAAAGCAAAAUCUUGGCUUAUGAUACAAGUUCUACCACAAGGAUAUUCCUAUGAAGAUUUGCUUGAAAAAGCAAUCCAAUUUCUCAAGUCUCAGCCUCCCGUGAUCUCCGUGAAGGCGAAAACUACUAUUAAAAAUGAAACACCCCGAAAUUCAAAACGCGCUUCAUGCAAAGUGUUGUAAUCUUUCUACCGGCAUAUCACUCCUAAUUUUCUUCAUUUUGCAUAUAUUUUACGUGAUAUUUGAACUAAACUCGUAUUGAAACUCUUA